CUUCAAUACAGGAGACCCUCCAGACAUGGACCACCAUAUGGGGUGCCUCUACUGGACAACCUUCAUCAUUCUGAUGUCGUCUGCCACUUAUUCAACAACUCAGAGCCCCCCUGCUGCAACAUCGGCCAUGGAAGUGGAUAUCAUAUCAACUGAAACCCUGACCUCCGGUACACCAGAAGCCACACCUACUUCUACUAAAGCCACACCCAUCUCUACAACUGACUCCACACCCAUCUCUACAACUGACUCUACACCCAUCUCUACAACUGACCCCGCACCCAUCUCUACAACUGACCCCACACCCAUCUCUACAACAGACCCCACACCCAUCUCUACAACAGACCCCGCACCCAUCUCUACAACUGACACCGCACCCAUCUCUACAACUGACCCCGCACCCAUCUCUACAACUGACCCCGCACCCAUCUCUACAACUGACCCCGCACCCAUCUCUACAACUGACCCCACACCCAUCUCUACAACAGACCCCACACCCAUCUCUACAACUGACUCUACACCCAUCUCUACAACUGACCCCGCACCCAUCUCUACAACUGACCCCACACCCAUCUCUACAACAGACCCCACACCCAUCUCUACAACAGACCCCGCACCCAUCUCUACAACUGACACCGCACCCAUCUCUACAACUGACCCCGCACCCAUCUCUACAACUGGCACCGCACCCAUCUCUACAACUGACCCCACCCCCAUCUCUACAACUGACCCCACACCCAUCUCUACAACUGACCCCGCACCCAUCUCUACAACUGGCACCGCACCCAUCUCUACAACUGACCCUGCACCCAUCUCUACAACUGACCCCGCACCCAUCUCUACAACUGACCCCGCACCCAUCUCUACAACUGACCCCGCACCCAUCUCUACAACUGACCCCACACCCAUCUCUACAACAGACCCCACACCCAUCUCUACAACAGACCCCGCACCCAUCUCUACAACUGACACCGCACCCAUCUCUACAACUGACCCCGCACCCAUCUCUACAACUGACCCCGCACCCAUCUCUACAACUGACCCCGCACCCAUCUCUACAACUGACCCCGCACCCAUCUCUACAACUGACCCCGCACCCAUCUCUACAACUGAUCCCGCACCCAUCUCUACAACUGACCCCGCACCCAUCUCUACAACUGACAUCAAACCCAUCUCUACAACUGACCCCACACCCAUCUCUACAACUGACAUCAAACCCAUCUCUACAACUGACCCCACACCCAUCUCUACAACUGACCCCACACCCAUCUCUACAACUGACCCCACACCCAUCUCUACAACUGACACCACACCCAUCUCUACAACUGACCCCACACCCUUCUCUACAACUGACCACACACCCAUCUCUACAACUGACCCCACACCCAUCUCUACAACUGACACCGCACCCAUCUCUACAACUGACCCCGCACCCAUCUCUACAACUGACCCCGCACCCAUCUCUACAACUGACCCCGCACCCAUCUCUACAACUGACCCCGCACCCAUCUCUACAACUGACCCCGCACCCAUCUCUACAACUGACCCCGCACCCAUCUCUACAACUGACCCCACACCCAUCUCUACAACUGACCCCACUCCCAUCUCUACAACUGACAUAAAACCCAUCUCUGCAACUGACCUCACACCCAUCUCUACAACUGACAUCACACCCAUCUCUACAACUGACAUCACACCCAUCUCUACAACUGACCCCACACCCAUCUCUACAACUGACCCCACUCCCAUCUCUACAACUGACAUAAAACCCAUCUCUGCAACUGACCUCACACCCAUCUCUACAACUGACAUCACACCCAUCUCUACAACUGACAUCACACCCAUCUCUACAACUGACCCCGCACCCAUCUCUACAACUGACCCCGCACCCAUCUCUACAACUGACCCCGCACCCAUCUCUACAACUGACCCCGCACCCAUCUCUACAACUGACCCCACACCCAUCUCUACAACUGACCCCGCACCCAUCUCUACAACUGACCCCGCACCCAUCUCUACAACUGACCCCGCACCCAUCUCUACAACAGACACCGCACCCAUCUCUACAACUGACCCCACACCCAUCUCUACAACUGACCACACACCCAUUUCUACAACUGACCCCGCACCCAUCUCUACAACUGACCUCACACCCAUCUUUACAACUGACCCCACACCCUUCUCUACAACUGACCCCACACCCAUCUCUACAACUGACAUAAAACCCAUCUCUACAACUGACCUCACACCCAUCUCUACAACUGACCCCACACCCAUCUCUACAACUGACCUCACACCCAUCUCUACAACUGACCCCACACCCUUCUCUACAACUGACCCCGCACCCAUCUCUACAACUGACCCCGCACCCAUCUCUACAACUGACCCCGCACCCAUCUCUACAACUGACAUAAAACCCAUCUCUACAACUGACCUCACACCCAUCUCUACAACUGACCCCACACCCAUCUCUACAACUGACCCCGCACCCAUCUCUACAACUGACCCCGCACCCAUCUCUACAACUGACCACACACCCAUCUCUACAACUGACAUAAAACCCAUCUCUACAACUGACCUCACACCCAUCUCUACAACUGACCUCACACCCAUCUCUACAACUGACCCCACCCCCAUCUCCACAACUGACCCCACACCCAUCUCUACACAUGACCCCACCCCCAUCUCUACAACUGACCCCGCACCCAUCUCUACAACUGACCCCGCUCCCAUCUCUACAACUGACCCCGCUCCCAUCUCUACAACUGACCUCACACCCAUCUCUACAACUGACCCCACCCCCAUCUCCACAACUGACCCCACCCCCAUCUCCACAACUGACCCCACACCCAUCUCUACACAUGAACCCACCCCCAUCUCUACAACUGACCCCGCACCCAUCUCUACAACUGACCCCGCACCCAUCUCUACAACUGACCCCGCACCCAUCUCUACAACUGACACCACACCCAUCUCUACAACUGACUCUACACCCAUCUCUACAACUGACCCCGCACCCAUCUCUACAACUGACCCCGCACCCAUCUCUACAACUGACUCUACACCCAUCUCUACAACUGACCCCGCACCCAUCUCUACAACUGACCCCGCACCCAUCUCUACAACUGACUCUACACCCAUCUCUACAACUGACCCUGCACCCAUCUCUACAACUGACUCUACAUCCAUCUCUACAACUGACCCCGCACCCAUCUCUACAACAGACACCGCACCCAUCUCUACAACUGACCCCACUCCCAUCUCUACAACUGACAUAAAACCCAUCUCUACAACUGACCCCACACCCAUCUCUACAACUGACCCCGCACCCAUCUCUACAACUGACCCCGCACCCAUCUCUACAACUGACCCCACACCCAUCUCUACAACUGACCCCACACCCAUCUCUACAACUGACCCCACAUCCAUCUCUACAACUGACCACACACCCAUCUCUACAACAGACACCGCACCCAUCUCAACAACUAACCCCACAUCCAUCUCUACAACUGACCCCGCACCCAUCUCUACAACAGACACCGCACCCAUCUCUACAACUGACCCCACACGCAUCUCUACAACUGACCCCACACCCAUCUCUACAACUGACAUCAAACCCAUCUCUACAACUGACCCCGCUCCCAUCUCUACAACUGACCCCGCACCCAUCUCUACAACUAACCCCACACCCAUCCCUACAACUGACACCACACCCAUCUCUACAACUGACCCCACACCUAUCUCUACAACUGACCUCACACCCAUCUCUACAACUGACCCCGCUCCCAUCUCUACAACUGACCCCGCACCCAUCUCUAGAACUGACCCCACACCCAUCUCUACAACUGACCCCACACACAUCCCUACAACUGACCCCACACCCAUCUCUACAACUGACCCCACACCCAUCUCUACAACUGACCCCACACCCAUCUCUACAACUGACCCCACACCCAUCUCUACAACUGACCCCACACCCAUCUCUACAACUGACCCCACACCCAUCUCUACAACUUACCCCGCACCCAUCUCUACAACUGACCCCGCACCCAUCUCUACAACUGACAUCAAACCCAUCUCUACAACUGACCCCACUCCCAUCUCUACAACUGACCCCACUCCCAUCUCUACAACUGACCCCACUCCCAUCUCUACAACUGACAUCAAACCCAUCUCUACAACUGACACCACACCCAUCUCUACUACUGACCCCACACCCAUCUCUACUACUGACCCCACACCCAUCUCUACUACUGACCCCGCUCCCAUCUCUACAACUGACCCCGCUCCCAUCUCUACAACUAACCCCACACCCAUCUCUACAACUGAGACUUCUACCAGCACUCAAGUACCAGAAGAACCCAUCAUUUCCAGUGCAGGACCAGCCAAUACAACUAGUUCUACUACCAUGACCGAAUCAGGACCAGCCAAUACAACUAGUUCUACUACCAUGACCGAAUCAGUACCAGCCAAUACAACUAGUUCUACUACUAUGACCGAAUCAGUACCAGACAAUACAACUAGUUCUACUACCAUGACCGAAUCAGUACCAGACAAAACAACUAGUUCUACUACCAUGACUGUAUCAGUACCAGCCAAUACAACUAGUUCUACUACUAUGACCGAAUCAGUACCAGACAAUACAACUAGUUCUACUACCAUGACCGUAUCAGUACCAGACAAUACAACUAGUUCUACUACCAUGACCGUAUCAGUACCAGACAAUACAACUAGUUCUACUACCAUGACCGUAUCAGUACCAGACAAUACAACUAGUUCUACUACCAUGACCGUAUCAGUACCAGACAAUACAACUAGUUCUACUACCAUGACCGUAUCAGUACCAGACAAUACAACUAGUUCUACUACCAUGACCGAAUCAGUACCAGCCAAUAAAACUAGUUCUACUACCAUGACUGUAUCAGUACCAGACAAUACAACUAGUUCUACUACCAUGACCGUAUCAGUACCAGACAAUACAACUACCAUGACCGAAACUAUUACCACAACAAGAACCCCAACAAUGGAAACUCCAAUCAUAAGUACAAUAAUUUCCACAACCAUACCUACUACCUCUACCACAACUCCUACAAGUCUAACAAAUAAUUCAGUGACUACAAUGUUCAACACCAUAACCAAUAUGACAAAUGUAACCACUUCUGAAGAAGAUACAACUAUUGCAUCAACUACACCAAGAACAACAGACCAACCUGCAACGAGUACCGCAACAAAUGCAACAAUUCUGGCUGUCAAUGUGACAACAACCCCAACUGCUGCAAACACUACUAUAAGUACUACCACUACUACUCUCCCAACAAGUCCAGUGACCAACUCUACAACUACAACUGAACCCCCUGUGACCAGUAUACCAUCUACCACCAUAAUUACUACUACUAGUCUCCCAACAAGCCCAAUGCCAAACUCAACAACAACAACGAUACCUCCUGUGACCAGUACACCAUCUAACAUCAUAAUUACUACUACUAGUCUCCCAACAAGCCCAAUGCCAAACUCAACAACAACAACGAUACCUCCUGUGACCAGUACUCCAUCUACCACCAUAAUUACUACUACUAGUCUCCUAACGAGCCCAAUACCAAACUCAACAACAACAACCAUACGUCCUGUGACCAGUACUCCGUCUACCACCAUAAUUACUACUACUAGUCUCCUAACGAGCCCAAUACCAAACUCAACAACAACAACCAUACCUCCUGUGACCAGUACUCCGUCUACCACCAUAAUUACUACUACUAGUCUCCAAACUAGCACAGUGCCAAACUCAACAACAACAAUAACCAUACCUCCUGUGACCAGUACUCCAUCUAACAUCAUAAUUACUACUACUAGUCUCCAAACAAGCCCAAUACCAAACUCAACAACAACAACCAUACCUCCUGUGACCAGUACUCCAUCUACCACCAUAAUUACUACUACUAGUCUCCCAACAAGCCCAGCAACAAACUCAACAACAACAACGAUACCUCCUGUGACCAGUACUCCAUCUACCACCAUAAUUACUACUACUAGUCUCCCAACAAGCCCAGCAACAAACUCAACAACAACAAUAACCAUACCUCCUGUGACCAGUACACCAUCUAACAUCAUAAUUUCUACUACUAGUCUCCCAACGAGCCCAGUGCCAAACUCAACAACAACAAUAACCAUACCUCCUGUGACCAGUACUCCAUCUACCACCACAAUUACUACUCCUACUCUCCAAACAAGCCCAGCAACAAACUCAACAACAACCAAACCCCCUGUGAUCAGUACACCAUCUACUAUCACAGCAACUGAAACCUAUACAUCAGCUUUUUCUGUCCUUCAAGUCAACUUGCAGAGCCCUUCGUCCGUAGACUCCAUAAUUGUGCUUCUUGUGGAAAAGAUAUGUGCCGAGCUACACCCCCGAUUUGGCAUUACAGAUGUCGCUGUGAGAACUGGAGUGCACUACUUCAUUGCCACGUGCAGCUAAGUCUACUGCACCACCGAUCUUUGAACAAUGCAAGAUCUGCCACCACAUUACGGAGGAGGAGAAGGUUUAGUCUUCUACAGAUCACCAUAAAUAUGGAGCUUGUACAUGAAUAAUACAAUACAUGCAAAGAACACCCUUCCAAUUCAUGGAUGGAAAAGUUACCACACAAGCAUGGAAAAUGAAAGGUCUCUAGUAGUAGUAGGUCACAUUAAAGUGGACUUGUUUUGUAAAGUUGAAGACAUCUUGUAACUUCUCCAAGUCCCUUCUUCAGUUCUAAUGAACACCCGGAAGAUACCCCAACAUUUAUAUCCACAAAAAUGAGAUAUUAUACAAUUAUAGAACUCCUCUGUAUAGCCUACUGCCCCGUGUUAGCUGUUAUGUCAUACUGAAGGUGGUGGCCUUCUAUGGGUGACUUUCUAUGGG